UGGUCUUGUUAUUAAUAUGGCUAGUGAAAAAGCAACACAAAUAAAUACACAAUUUACUCCUGUUUUAACUUAUGAUCAAGUGAAACAGGUAUUGAAACAUUUCUCAAAAUCUGAUAAUUAUAAAUACCAUGACAUAUUUCUGUGA